UGAAUGCAACGUUUACAGAAGCACGGAUUUCGUUUUCUUUUAAAUCAAUAGAUAAGAAUUCAAAGUAAAUACAGACUUUAUUAUCACUUACUUAUAGGCUAUCAAAAAGCAGUUAAUAAUAAUAUUAGGGAAAACUUCAAGCUAAUAAAAUGGAUCUCAUGAAAGUUUUAUUACAGAUGUUUGCCUUUUAUACGAGUACAAUUUUGGCAAGUGACUGUUCUCGUGAACCAGAGUGUCAUUUGUUUGAUUGGAAAGAAUGGGGUUCGUGUACUGGUGCCUGUGGCACACAGUCACAGCAAAGAGAGCGCAACAUGUGCUGUUCCACUUCUGUUAGUCCUCACACCAUAGAAAACUGUCUGAAACAUUGUAAACUGCCUUCGAGUUUUAAAUUACAUGAGUCUAAAUCAUGCAGAAUAUGUGAAAAUGGCGGUACACUGAACAUUUCAUCUCUAUCUUGCAAAUGCGAUCUGUAUCAUAAGGGGGAUUGUUGUCAAGACGUGGUGAAAUGUCAAGAUACCCCCUGUAAACACGGAAAUUGUACCGAUAUUGCCUCCACUUUUACCUGCGUUUGUGAAAGAGGAUACCAAGGACCAAUUUGUGAUACAAGAAAACUUUGCAGUCAAGGAAUAUUGUGUGACAAUGGUGGAACUUGUGUGGACGGGUCGAUUGGGUUUAAAUGUCAGUGUACAGACAGAUAUACAGGAGAUUUCUGUGAUAAAGCGUUGAUAACAGUGGAGGCUUCGGAACUUCGUCUUCCAGAAUGGAUUCAAUAUUUGGAGUACGGAGUGUUGUCCAUGGUGUCCCUAAUAGGUCUCAUGACCCUGGGAUGUGUUUGUUUGAAGUGUUCUCGAGCGUGUGGUGUCCGCGACAACAAGGACGACGACGAUUACGACAAAGAAAAAGAUUUAAGGAAAAGAAGAAAAAGAAUUGUACAUUUUACAGAGAACCACUCAAAACCAUUAGCCACGGGGAUUGACUUUUAAAUCCUAUAACUUCUCUGAUUACAACGAUUAACUAAAAUAAGACCUAUUAGAUUGACAAAGAGCACACGGCAGG